AGAGAGAGGAGUGGGGGAGCGCCGGGUUGGGGAGAGAGACGCAAUUUAGUUCCCGCGCGGCGGACGGAGGGGCGCGUCAAUCAAAGGCGGUGGGAGCCUGCUGGCCCGCUCGGAGGUAGAGGAAAGGUGCGGGACGAAGUUGCUUUUGCGGCUGUGCACAAAAUCGAAAAAGGAGAGCUCUUUGCCAGGUUUCUCCUCUAUUAUAUUGCCUCAGAUUCAUAGACUGACCAGUCGAGAUGGGAAUCCAUGGUUUGGCCAAGCUGAUUGCAGAUAUGGCUCCUGGUGCCAUUCGAGAAAAUGACAUCAAGAGCUAUUUUGGGCGGAAAGUGGCCAUUGAUGCCUCUAUGAGUAUUUACCAGUUCCUAAUUGCUGUACGACAGGGAGCUGACAUGCUGCAGAAUGAAGAAGGUGAGACUACAAGCCACCUGAUGGGUAUGUUCUACCGCACUAUCCGCAUGGUGGAAAAUGGCAUCAAGCCUGCCUAUGUCUUUGAUGGCAAACCCCCCCAGCUGAAAUCGGGUGAAUUGGCUAAGCGUACUGAGCGCCGGACUGAAGCAGAAAAGCAGCUGCAAGAGGCCAAAGAGAUGGGUGAGGAGGAAAAUAUAGAAAAGUUCAGCAAGAGACUAGUUAAAGUGACUAAACAGCACAACGAUGAAUGUAAAAAAUUGCUGACUUUGAUGGGCAUCCCAUACGUAGAUGCCCCUGGUGAAGCUGAAGCUAGCUGUGCUGCGCUGGUGAAAGGAAACAAGGUCUACGCAGCUGCCACUGAGGAUAUGGAUUGCUUGACCUUUGGCAGCCCUGUGCUAAUGCGGCAUCUUACAGCGAGUGAGGCAAAGAAACUGCCCAUUCAGGAAUUUCAUCUAAACCGUGUUCUCCAGGAUAUGAGCUUGAGCCAGAAAGAAUUUGUGGACUUGUGUAUAUUACUAGGUUGUGAUUACUGCGAAAGCAUCCGUGGAAUUGGACCCAAACGUGCAGUGGAACUCAUCAGGCAGCACAAAAACAUAGAGAAGAUUAUUCAGCAACUAGAUGCUAAGAAGUAUCCCGUGCCUGAGAACUGGCUGCACAAGGAGGCCCAAAAACUCUUCUUGGAGCCUGAAGUUGUAAACCCAGAAGAGGUGGAACUGAAGUGGAAUGAGCCUGAUGAGGAAGGACUGGUUAGCUUCAUGUGUGGGGAGAAGCAAUUCAAUGAAGAAAGAAUUCGUAAUGGGAUCAAGAGACUGAACAAGAGCCGACAGGGAAGCACUCAGGGCCGGCUGGAUGAUUUUUUCAAAGUGACCGGCUCGAUUACCUCAGCUAAGCGUAAGGAGUCAGAGCCUAAGGGAUCGGCCAAAAAGAAGGCCAAGAGUAGUGGUUCAGCAACAUCAAAAUUUAAGAAAGGGAAAUAAAGUUCUAGAACUGUGCUAAUUCUUCAACGCUCCACUUUUCCUUGGACAAAAUAUAUUAAGCAGCAAAUCCAGGCUCUCUUCCGUGACAUACAAUUGAUUUACGAUACUCAAAAAGUGAAAGAAUUGGUUGCCCAUUAACCAGCAAUACUGCUGCAUUCAGAAGAUGUUUGGAAUCUUUGGUCCUCAAAGUUUCUUGUUGAGAGCUACUGUCGCCUUGAGUAUUAUGAAAUCUCAGUCAUGCCACGUAUGGUGUUUAAUCUAUUAUUGUUAACGAUAAUGUGAUGAAAUGGCUUAAUUUUGAGUUGCAGAUUUCAAUAAAUAUUGGCAACCUGCUAAAUGUGCAUAGAUACUAAAAUAAAUUUUAUAAGAUUGCAAUACAGUGUUUAGUAGAAAUAUCUGUGGUGUUCAGAAAUGAACUGUUACAGCUGCUAUUCAAUAAUCUGUUCACUAAAAUACUUGUCAGAUGGGAUAGCUGUAGAGGUGAUACAUUAGCUUCUCAUUCAGCCUUGUUUAUCUUUGGCCCAAAAGGACUUUUGUCUUCAAUGACAACAAUUGCUUAGAAAGUUGAUCAUAUCUGAGGAUUAGAAAGUAAUAGUAGUUGAAAACUGGCAGUAAUGAUAACUUGGCAGUGGGUAAAAAAACUUCAAAGGAAGUCAGAAUCUUAAGAGAGUUUCAUGUAUACUUUACAGUACAAUUGAAAUUUUCAUACUGGUCUUGGCAUUUGAUUUAUAACAUUUAACCCUGCAUGGGUUAAAAA